CUUCCUUCCGCUCCGCGUUAAAGUCCCAAGCCCGAAUCCAAGAUGACGAAAGGUACGCAGAGCUUCGGUAUGCGCCACAACAAGACCCACACCAUCUGCAGACGGUGUGGGCGCAGCUCUUACCACAUCCAGAAGAGCACCUGCUCUUCGUGUGGCUACCCCGCUGCUAAGAUGCGCAAGUACAACUGGAGCCAGAAGGCCCUGCGUCGCCGCACCACUGGCACUGGCCGCAUGCGCCACCUGAAGAACGUCCAGCGCAAGUUCAAGAACGGCUUCCGCGAGGGCUCGUCGGCUGUGUCGAAGAAGGCCGCCACCAACUAAGUACGCUCGACCACUCGAGGGGAACAGGAACAGGCAGCUUGGGGUAAAAAAUCAACAGCUUGCUAGCGAAGCGACAGGAAGACGGUGACGGGGAGCGUGGAAGACGUUGGGGACGAACCGGAAAGUGGAAUGUGGAGCUCCUUAAGUGACAGCGACGACUGGCGACACAGGCGAAAGCGUGCGGAGACGACCGUCCUGGCCGCUUGAUCGAGCAUCAUGAGACGCCUACGACCUUCCAAUCCAAUAUUCACAUCCUUUAGCCGUUCC